GCACCCGCUCGCUCUCUCCCACUGCUGCUCAGGAGGGAAGGCUGGAGAGGCUUUGCUCCAAAGGAUAUUUGCUGGAUGUUGCUGUGAGUGGGGGAGAGACAGAAGAAAACCCUCAGAAUGGAGGAAGAAGAAUAUGAGGAAGUUGUGGAGUACUACAUUGAGGAGACAGUUGUUGAGGAGGGUGAGCCACAUGAGGUGGUCACUGAGAUCACUGAGACCGUCAGCACAGAGUUCACAGGUCCUGAAACUACCACAACCACCUACAGUGUGGAGCAGGACAAACCUUCUGGGGAGGAUGCAGCACCUCCAGGCAGGAAAAAGACAAUCCGGACAAAAGUGGACCCAUCCAAGUUUUUGACGCCUUACCUGGAACACAGCAACAAAAUGAAGGACCUAUUCAGUGAGAACAAGUACAAAGAAAAAUUUAGAAAAGAGAAAGGAAAGCCUUAUGCUUCCACAAUUGAUACCCCAGAAAUCCGGAGGAUCAAGAAAGUGCAGGACCAGCUCAGUGAGGUUAAAUACCGCAUGGCUGGGGAAAUUGCCAGGACUAUUUGCCACGUGGAUGAAAAGGCCAUGGAUAUAGAACAUGCCAAGAAAGUGUCCCAGCAAGUGAGCAAGGUAUUAUAUAAACAGAACUGGGAGGAGAAUAAGGACAAGUACCUGCUGCCCCCUGAUGCUCCAGAGCUUGUGAAUGCAAUAAAAAACACAGCAAUGUUCAGCAAGAAACUCUACACUGAGGAGUGGGAAGGAGACAAAACUCUGUUUUAUCCCUACAACGACAGCCCAGAGCUCAGGAGGGUGGCCCAGGCUCAGAAGGCUCUGAGUGAUAUUGUCUACAAAAAAGGGCACGAUGAACAGAAAGCCAAAUUUACCUCCCUGCCAGAUCCCCCUGAUGUGGAACUGGCCAAGAAGGUGACAAGGCAGCUGAGCAACAUUAAUUACCAUGAGGACUAUAAAAACAAAGUCAAAGGCAAGUGGAGUCAAACUCCGUGCUAUGACGUGGCCAUUGCAAAAAUGAAUGCAGAAAAUCUAAGUAUGAGAAAGUACCAGGAAGACUUUGAAAACAUGAAAGACCAAAUCUACUUCAUGCAGACUGAAACCCCAGAGUAUGAAGCCAAUAAGAGAGUUUCAGAGAAUGUCAGUAAGGUAAAAUACAGAGCAGACUACGAAAAGAAGAAAGCCAUUGCAGAUUAUAAUGUGCUUCCUGCUACAGAGAACCCAUUGCUGAAGCAACUGAAAACUGCAGGCAAUAUUCUCAGUGAUAAAUUAUACAAAGAAGCCUAUGAACAGUCAAAAGGCAACAAGAUGAAUUACUGUGACACCCCCAAGUUCCAGACCGACGCCGCUCUGAAGAAUUUCAGCGACGUGAAAUACAAGGAGGCCUAUCAGAAGAAUAUUUUGGGGCACUAUUUGGGCAGCUUUGAGGACCCACAUCACACGCACUGCAUGCAGGUGGAAGCUAUGAAGAGCGAUAAAAACUACAAAGCAGAUUAUGAGGAGGAAAAGACAAAAUGCUACUUCCCCCAGACCAUAACUCAAGAGUACGAAGCGAUUAAGAAGUUGGAGCAAUGCAAAGACCACACCUACAAAAAGCAUCCUGAUCAAAUCAAAUUCACUGCAGUCACUGACUCUCCAGUACAGAAGCAAGCAGAGAUCAACAGCAAACAGCUGAGUGAUAUACUGUAUAAAUCCAAAGGUGAAGAAAUAAUUCACAAGUACCACCUCCCUCCUGAUGUGCCCCAUUUCAUACAGGCCAGAGUUAAUGCCUACAACAUCAGUGAUGCUAACUACAAAGCAGACUGGAAGAAAACCCUUGCCAAAGGAUAUGACCUGAAACCAGAUGCCAUUCCCAUUCUUGCAGCUAAAGCCUCUCGGAAUAUUGCAAGUGAUUACAAGUACAAGGAGUCCUAUGAGAAGGACAAAGGCAAACAGGUCGGGUACCGCAGCCUCCAGGACGACCCCAAACUCGUUCAUUACAUGAACGUGGCCAAAAUCCAGUCGGACCGUGAGUACAAGAAGGACUAUGAGGUCACCAAGACCAAAUAUCACACUCCCCUGGACAUGUUCAGUGUGACAGCAGCCAAGAAGGCCCAGGAAGUGGUUACAAACAUGGGCUAUAAGCAGCCAAUCCACAAUUACACCCUCCUGCCUGAUGCUGUCAACCUGGAGCUCUCAAGGAACGCGAUGCAGCUUCAGAGUGAUAAUUUGUACAAAUCUGACUUCAAUAACUGGUUGAGAGGAGUUGGCUGGGUACCAAUCCAGUCCCUGGAGGUAGAAAAGGCCAAAAAAGCCUCAGAGAUCCUCAGUGAGAAGAAGUACAGGCAACACCCCGACCAACUGAAGUUCUCCAUCCCCAUGGAUGCCAUGGAGCAAGUGCUUGCCAAGCAAAAUGCCAAGACCAUGAACAAGAGGCUCUACACAGAUAAAUGGAACAAAGAGAAGACCACCAUCCACGUCAUGCCAGAUACCCCAGAAAUCCUGCAGUGUAAAGUGAACCAGCUCACAAUGAGUGACAAACUCUACAAAGCUGGCUGGGAGGAGGACAAGAAGAAGGGCUAUGACCUGCAGCCUGAUGCCAUCCCGAUCAAAGCUGCCAAAACCUCCCGGGACAUCGCCAGCGAUUACAAGUACAAACUGGCCUACGAGAAAGCCAAGGGGAAGCACAUCGGGUUCCGCAGCCUCGAGGACGACCCCAAGCUGGUGCACUUCAUGCAGGUGGCCAAGAUGCAGUCGGAUCGGGAAUACAAGAAGGAUUAUGAGAAGGCCAAGACCAGUUUCCAAACCCCAGUGGACAUGGUCAGUGUGGUGGCAGCCAAGAAAGCCCAGGAAGUGGCUACGAAUGCCAACUACAAAAACCUGAUCCACACCUACAACGUCCUGCCCGAUGCCAUGAGCAUCGAGUUGGCCAAAAACAUGAUGCAGCUGCAAAGUGAUAAUCAAUACAAAGCAGAUUAUGAUGAAACCAUGAAGGGGGUUGGGUGGCUCCCACUGGGCUCCCUGGAAGCUGAGAAGAACAAAAAAGCCAUGGAAAUUGUCAGUGAGAAGAAAUAUCGGCAGCACCCGGACAAGCUGAAAUAUUCUGUUCCCAUGGACUCCAUGAACAUGGUCUUGGCUUUAAAUAAUGCCAAAAUCAUGGAUGAGCACAAGUACAAACAAGCCUGGGAAGAAGACAAAAAGAAAAUUCACAUCACCCCAGAUAUUCCACAGAUUGUUUUGGCAAAAGCAAAUGCAUUUAACAUAAGUGAAAAAAUGUACAGAUCUUCAUUUGAAGAGUCCAGGAAGAAAGGAUACGACCUCAGAGUUGAUGCCAUCCCUAUUAAAGCUGCCAAAGCUUCCAGGGAAAUUGCCAGUGAUUACAAAUACAAAUUAGGUUAUGAAAAAGACAAGGGCAAACUCGUGGGCUUCCGCAGCCUCCAGGAUGAUCCCAAGCUUGUCCAUUACAUGCAAGUGGCCAAGAUGCAGUCGGACAGGGAGUACAAGAAGGCCUAUGAGAUGGGCAAGACCCACUACCAGACUCCCACGGAUGCCCUCAGCGUGGUGGCAGCCAAGGAGGCCCAAGGCCGUGUGACCAACACCAACUACAAGCGCCUGAUCCACCAGUACAUGCUCCUGCCAGAUGCCAUGAGCCUGGAACUCUACAGAAACAUGAACCAGAUACAGAGUGAUAAUGAGUACAAGCAGGAUUACAAGGAGUGGUUCAGGGGCAUUGGGUGGAGUCCUAUUGGUUCCCUGGAUGUGGAGAAAUCCAAGAAAGCCACGGAGAUCGCGAGCGAUCAGAAGUACCGCCAGCAUCCCAGCCAGUUCUCCUUCACCAAACCAAAUGAUGCCAUGGACUUGGUCCUUGCAAAGCAGAAUGCAAAUAUCAUGAACAAACAUGCUUAUACUCAAGCCUGGGAGAAGGAUAAAACUCAGGUCCAUGUGAUGCCAGAUACACCAGAUAUUCUCCAGGCAAAACAGAACAAGACAAACUACAGUCAGAAACUCUACAAGCUGGACUGGCAGGAAAUGAUAAAGAAAGGCUACGACCUCACACCUGAAGCCAUGUCAGUGAAAGCUGCCAAAGCUUCAAGGGACAUUGCAAGUGAUUUCAAGUACAAGGAAGGUUACCGCAAGCAGCAGGGACACCACAUUGGGUUCCGCAGCCUGCAGGAUGAUCCCAAGAUGUUGUGGUCUAUGCAAGUAGCUAAAAUGCAGAGUGACAGGGAGUACAAGAAAGAUUUUGAGAAGUGGAAGACCAAGUUUAACAUGCCUGUGGAUAUGUUAGGCUUCCUCCUGGCUAAGAAGUGUCAGGAGCUGGUCAGUGAUAUCGACUACAAACGGAUCCUGCACCGCUGGACUUGUCUGCCAGACCAGGUUGAUGUCACCGAGGCCAAGAGGGUCAAUGAACUGCAGAGUGAUAAUUUGUAUAAGUCAGAUCUACAGUGGCUCAGGGGCAUUGGAUGGAGUCCUCUGGGAUCUCUGGAAGCUGAGAAGAACAAGAAAGCUUCUGAAAUCCUGAGUGAGAAGAAGUACAGGCAGCACCCAGACACCAUCAAGUUCACGAGUAUCCCAGAUGCCAUGGAUAUCGUUUUGGCCAAGUCUAAUGCCAAAAACAGAAGUGAUAUCCUCUACAGAGAAGCUUGGAACAAGGACAAGACUCAGGUUCACAUCAUGCCUGAUACUCCUGAAAUUUUGCUGGCUAAGUCAAACUUGAUUAACACAAGUGAUAAACGUUACAAGGUGGGAUAUGAAGAGCUGAAAAAGAAGGGCUAUGACCUUCCUCCUGAUGCCAUCCCUCUCCAGGCAGCAAAGGCAUCCAGGGACAUUGCCAGUGAGUACAAAUACAAAACUGCCUACAGAAAGCAGCUGGGCCACCACAUCGGGGCCCGCAACAUCGAGGACGACCCGUUGGCCAAGCAGAACGCGGACACCAUGAACAAGCGUUUAUACACUGAAGCCUGGGAUAAAGACAAGACCUCGAUUCAUGUCAUGCCUGACACCCCAGAAAUCCUGCUGGCCAAACAAAACCGAGUGAACUACAGUGAGAAAAUGUACAAACUGGCCUUGGAGGAAUCAAAGAAGAAGGGCUAUGAUCUGCGUUUUGAUGCCAUUCCCAUUCAAUCUGCCAAAGCCUCCAGAGAGAUUGCCAGUGAUUACAAGUACAAGGAAGGGUAUCGGAAGCAGCUGGGCCACCACAUCGGGGCCCGCAACAUCGAGGACGACCCCAAGAUGAUGUGGUCGAUGCACGUGGCCAAGAUCCAGAGUGACAGGGAGUACAAGAAGGACUUUGAGAAGACCAAGACACACUUCAGCAGCCCCGUGGACAUGCUGGGAGUGGUGUUGGCCAAGAAGUGCCAAGUGUUGGUGAGCGACAUCGACUACCGGCACUACCUGCACCAGUGGAUCUGCCUGCCCGACCAGAACGACGUGAUCCACGCUCGGCAAGCCUAUGACCUGCAGAGUGAUGCUGUUUACAAAUCAGACCUGGAAUGGCUACGAGGUAUUGGAUGGGUUCCUAUUGGUUCCUUGGAAGUGGAGAAAGCCAAGAGAGCUGGAGAAAUCCUGAGUGACAGGAAGUACCGUCAACCUGCAGACAAAAUCAAAUUUACCAGUGUGACAGACUCCUUGCCCAUGGUCUUAGCCAAGCAAAAUGCUGAGAUAAUGAACAAGCGUUUGUACACAGAAGCCUGGGAUGCAGACAAAAAAACCAUCCAUGUCAUGCCUGACACACCAGAUAUUCUGUUAGCCAGGGCCAAUGCAGCCAAUGUCAGCAAGAAACUUUAUGUACAAGCCUGGGAAGAGGCCAAGAAGAAGGGUUAUGACAUGAGAGCGGAUGCAAUUCCAAUCCAAAGUGCCAAGGCAUCGAGAGAUAUCGCGAGUGACUACAAAUACAAACAAACCCAUGAGAAGGAGAAGGGGCACUACAUCGGGCUCCCCAGUGCCAAGGACGACCCCAAGCUGGCGUUGGCCGCGCGGGCCAUGGCGCUGCAGAGCGACCGCCUCUACAGGAAAGGCUACCACGAUUCCAAGACCCAGAUCCACAUUCCCGUGGAUGCCCUGUCAGUGCAGGCAGCCAAGGAGUGCCAGACACUGGUCAGUGACAUUGACUACAAGCAGUACCUGCACCAGUGGACGUGUCUUCCUGACCAGAACGAUGUGAUCCACGCACGGCAGGCCUACGACCUGCAGAGCGACCACGUGUACAAGUCCGACCUGGAAUGGUUGAGAGGCAUUGGCUGGCUCACAGAAGGGUCUGUGGACGUGGUGAAAGCCAAGAAGGCCCAGGAGCUCCUCAAUGACCGGUUGUACCGCACGCGGCCCGAGCAGCUCAAGUUCACCAGCAUCACUGACUCCCCUGACAUUGUCCUGGCCAAGACCAACGCCAUGCAGCUCAGCGAUCGUCUGUAUCGUGAGGCCUGGGAUAAAGACAAGACACAGAUCUCUGUGCCUUCUGACACUCCUGUAAUGCUGCAGUCCAAAGUCAACGCUCUCAACAUCAGCAAUAAACAUUAUCAGAAGGCCUGGGAUGAGGCCAAGGCAAAGAGCUAUGACCUAAGAGCUGAUGCCAUUCCCAUCAAACAAGCCAAGGCCUCCAGGGACAUUUGCAGUGAGUACAAGUACAAAGAGACCCACGAGAAGCAGAAGGGGCACUACAUCGGGCUCCCCAGUGCCAAGGACGACCCCAGGCUGGCGUUGGCCGCGCGGGCCAUGGCGCUGCAGAGCGACCGCCUCUACAGGAAAGGCUACCACGAUUCCAAGACCCAGAUCCACAUUCCCGUGGAUGCCCUGUCAGUGCAGGCAGCCAAGGAGUGCCAGACACUGGUCAGUGACAUUGACUACAAGCAGUACCUGCACCAGUGGACGUGUCUUCCUGACCAGAACGAUGUGAUCCACGCACGGCAGGCCUACGACCUGCAGAGCGACGCUGUGUAUAAGGCAGACCUGGAGUGGCUCCGUGGAAUUGGCUGGUUGCCCAACGAGUCUCCAGAGAUUAAGAGAGUGAAGAAUGCCCAGGAUCUCCUGAGCGACAACGUGUACCGGACACCCAUCGACAGCGUGAAGUUCACCAGUGUGGUGGAUUCCCCAGACGUUGUCCUUGCUAAAACAAACGCUGAACAGCUCAGCAUCCCAAAAUACAAAGAAGCCUGGGAAAAGGACAAGACCAUGAUCCAUAUUAUGCCAGACACACCUGAAAUCAACCUAGCCAAGGCUAAUGCUGUUAAUUAUAGCCAGAAAAUGUAUAAAGGAGCUUGGGAUGAGUUGAAGUCGAGCUACGAUUUGAGAGCGGACGCAAUCCCCAUCAAGACAGCCAAGGCUUCCAGAGAGAUUGCCAGUGAUUACAAAUACAAACUGGAGCACGAGAAGCAGAAGGGACAUUACGUUGGAGUUCCGAACGCCAAAGGAGACUCGAAAAUCCAGUUUGCCCUUGAUGUAGCCAAAGUUCAGAGCGAACGAGAGUACAAGAAGUACUUUGCCAAGUUGAGGACCCAGUGCCACCUCCCAGUGGACAUGAUGUCCAUCGUGGCAGCCAAGCACGGGCAGACUCUGGUCAGCGACGCCGAUUACCGGACGUACCUGCACCAGUGGAUCUGCCUCCCAGACCAGAACGAUGUCAUCCAUGCCAGGCAGGCCUACGACCUCCAGAGUGAUGCUGUUUAUAAAGCUGAUUUGGAAUGGCUGCGGGGCAUUGGAUGGCUGCCAAAUGAUUCCCUUGGAGUCAAGCACGUCAAAUAUGCUGGAGAUCUCUUGAGUGAGAGAAAGUACCGCACAAAGGCUGAAACUCUUCCCUUCACCGCGGUGGCCGACAGGGUUGAUUAUGUCACAGCAAAGAACAGUGGGGAGAUUCUCAGUGAUAUUAAAUACCACAAAGCCUGGAAUGAGGCCAAGUCCAAUUAUACCCUGACAGAUACACCACAGCUGGAUAUGGCCCGGGAGGCAGCCAGGAUUCUAAAUCAGAAUUUAUAUAAGGAAAGCUGGGAGAAAGAAAAAGCCACUGGGUACCUGUUACCUCCUGACUCGGUGCAGAUCUCUCAUGCCAAGCGCUCGAGCGAUGUCCAGAGUGAGCUGAAAUACAAAGCUGAGUAUGUGAAGCAGAGAGGUCACUACGUUGGCGUUCCCAAGAUGAGGGAUGACCCCAAGCUGGUGUGGUACGAGCACGCGGGCGAGAUCCAGAACGACCGCCUGUACAAAUCCGACUACAACAAAACCAAGUCCAAAAUCCACAUCCCUGUGGAUGCCAUGGCAGUUGUGGCAGCAAAGGAAGGUCAGAACUUGGUCAGUGAUGUUGACUAUCGCCAACACCUGCACCAGUGGACGUGUCUUCCUGACCAGAACGACGUCAUCCACGCACGGCAGGCCUACGACCUGCAGAGCGAUAACGUUUACAAAUCCGACUUGGAAUGGCUCCGUGGCAUUGGUUGGAUCCCUCUGGAUUCGGUGGAGCACAAGAAAGUGAAGAAUGCCCAAGAAUUGAUAAAUAAGAGAUCAUACACCAAAGAAGCCCUGGAUAACUUUUCCAAAUACACCAGUGUGGUUGACACUCCUGACAUUGUGUUGGCGAAGAUGAACUCUGUCAACCAGAGUGAUCUAAAAUACAAAGAAACCUUUAACCUUGAGAAAGGCCAAUAUAUCGGGUCUGACGAUACUCCUGCGCUGCACCACGCCAAGGACAUGUCCUUACUCCACAGUGAGAAACUUUAUAAAAAGGCUUGGGAGCUCAGCAAGCCCAUUGGAUACACUCUGGAUGAGAAGUACGUGCCUCUCGUUGGAGCCAAACACGCAAACGAUAUCAACAGUGAGCGCAAAUACAAGGAAAUAUAUGAGAAGCUGAAAGGCCAUUACCUGGCUGGGAAGGAAAUUGGGGAUUUCCCCGCUGUCGUUCACUCCCUGGAAUUCCAGAAAAUGAGGAGCGCGUUGGCCUACAGAAAGAAUUAUGAGGACACCAAGAAAAAUGUCCAUAUUCCAAGUGACAUGAUGAACCACGUGCUGGCCAAGAAGUGCCAGCAAAUCCUCAGUGACCUGGAAUACCGAAGUUACUUCCAUCAGUGGAAUUGUUCCCCUGAAGAAAAUGAUAUGAUUCACGCCAGAAAAGCCCAGGAGAUUCUGAGUGAUGCAGUGUAUAAAGAUGACUUGAACUGGCUGAAGGGAAUUGGAUGUUAUGUCUGGGAUACUCCACAAAUCAUACAGGCUAAGAAGUCCUAUGACCUCCAGAGUCAAAUAAAAUACACAUCUGCAGGAAAGGAGAACUUCCAGAACUUCAGCGUGGUCACAGACACCCCUGUCUAUGUGACUGCUCUGCAGAGUGCUUUCAACGCCAGCGACGUGAAAUACAAGGAAGAAUUCCAUAAAACUAAGGACAAGUACACACCUGUGGCUGAAACAGUGGAGUCUGAAAGAGUUCAGAAUUUGAAACAUCUUUAUAGCAAUAAUCUCUACAGGAAAGCCUGGGAUAAAGUGAAGGCCACUGGAUAUGCCAUACCCUCGGAUUCCGUAGCCCUGGCACGUGCCAAGGAGCUGAAGCACAAUGCCAGCAUUGUCAAAUACCGUGAGGAAUAUGACAAGUUCAAAGCACUGUACACAAUUCCCAAGGGGGUGGAGGAUGAUCCCAACACGGAACGGUGCCUCAGAGUUGGGAAGCUCAACAUCGAUAGACUGUACAAAGAGGCCUAUGAGAAGACUAAAGCCAAGGUGCACAUCGUCCCAGACAUGAUGGACAUCAUUGCUGCCAAGGAUGCUCAGAAGAAGAUCAGCGAGGUCGAGUACCGCACCCACCUCCACGACUGGAUGUGCCUCCCAGACCUGCAGGUCAACACCCACGUCCGCAUGGUCACCGACCAAGUCAGCGACGUGAUCUACAAGGAUGAUUUGAACUGGCUGAAAGGCAUUGGCUGCUUUGUUUGGGACACCCCAGAAAUCCUCCAUGCCAAGCAGGCCUAUGAUCUCCGCAGUGAUAUUAAGUACAAAUCUAAGGCAGAAAAGAUGAAGAAGGACUUCACUGUGGUCACAGACACCCCUGUCUAUGUCCAGAAUGUCCUCAGUGCCUUGAAUUUAAGUGAAGCUGUGUAUCGUGGUGAUUACGUGAAGAAUGUUAAAGGCAAAAUGAUUUCUACUGAUAAAACCAUCGAUUUGGAGCGGGCAUAUAAUGCAAACAAGAUACAGAGUGAGAAUUUGUAUCGCUGGGCUGGUGUGAAUGCUCUGCCCACUGGCUACAGCCUUCCCACGGAUACUCCCAACUUCCAGCAUGCAAAACAUGUCCAGCACAUUGGCAGUGAUCUGAAAUAUAAAGAAGCCUAUGAACACAUGAAAGCCAAAGGUUAUACUCUGGGGCCUAAAGAUGUUGGCUUUGAAACUGCAAGGAAAGUGAAUCAAGUCAUUAAUGAGAGGCUUUACAGGGCAACGUACCACAAGACCAAGGACAAGAUCCACACCACUCCAGACACCCCCGAAAUCCGGCAAGUCCGAGCGACCCAGGAAGCCGUCAGUGAUCUGAUCUACAAGUCAGAUUUCUUCAAGAUGCAGGGCCACCUGAUCUCCCUGCCCUACACCCCCCACGUGCUGCACUGUCGCUACGUUGGGGACAUCACAAGUGACAAUAAAUACAAAGAGGACCUGAGGUGGUUGAAGGGCCUGGGUUGUUUCCUGUAUGACACCCCUGACAUGGUCCGUGCUCGUGAGCUCAAAAAGCUUUGGUCUAAUUACAUAUACACUGGUACUGCAAAGAAGAUGUGGGCCAAAUUCAACGUGGUGUUGGAUACUCCUGGAUACAGAGCAGUUCAGGAGCUAAAAACCCAUUUAAGUGAACUGGUUUACAGAGCUGCAGGCAACGAGCUGAAGACAAAAUACACUUCCAUCCUGGACACACCUGACUUAAAAAGAGCCAAGGAAGGACAAAAAAUACAGAGCCAGUACUUGUAUGUGGAACUUGCCACGAAAGAGAGGCCCCACCAUCAUGCUGAUAAUCAGACUCAAGCCCUUACACAUGCCAGGCAAGUCAAGGACAUGAUCAGUGAGAAAAAGUAUAAAACCCAGUAUGAGAAGAUGAAGCACAAAUACACCCCUGUCCCUGACACCCCAGUCCUGAUCAGAGCCAAGAGGGCCUAUCUGAAUGCCAGUGAUCUGCGCUACAAAGAGACCUUUGAGAACACCAAGGGCAAGUACCACACGGUGAAGGACGCCCUGGACAUCGUCUACCAUCGCAAGGUCACCGAUGACAUCAGCACUAUCAAAUAUAAGGAGAAUUAUAUGAGCCAGCUGGGAAUCUGGAGAUCAAUCCCAGACCGUCCGGAGCAUUUCCAUCAUCGCCUGGUCACGGAUGCCAUCAGUGAUGUUAAAUACAAGGAAGACUUGGAAUGGCUCAAGGGCACCGGGUGUUAUGUGUGGGAUACUCCAGCUUUUGUCCUGGCAGAACAGAAUAAAGUGCUCUACAGUGGGUGCAAGUACAAGGAGUCGUUUGAGAAGACCAAAUCCCAGUUUAAGUACGUGGCUGACUCUCCAAUUAAUGAGCAUUUUAGAUAUGCAACUCAGCUGAUGGAUGGGAAAAGCUAUAAAUCCUUUGCCAAGAUGCUCCUGCAACAUGGAUGUAAUGAAAUUCUGAGGCCAGAUAUGCUGACAGCUCUCUACAACACUUACUUGUGGAGCCAGAUCCAAUACAAAAAGGACUAUGAGAAGAAGAAAGACAAAUACACCACAGUUUUGGAGACCCCGGAGUACCUGAGGACCACCAAAGUCAACAAACAGAUCAGUGAUAUUAUUUACAAGCUGGAGUACAACAAGGCCAAGCCUAAGGGCUACACCACCAUCCAGGACACGCCCAUGUUGCUCCACGUGCGCAAGGUCAAGGACAGGAUCAGUGAUCUGAAAUACAAAGAAAUGUACGAGAGGAGCAAAUCUCGCUGCAACGUCGUGGCAGAUUCGGUUCAUAUCAAGACUCCAAGACACGCUUACAAGCUCAACAGCAACCUGGAUUAUAAGAAGAAAUACGAAGCAGCCAAGGCUCACUGGCACCUGAUUGCUGACAGGCCUGACUUUGUGCAAGCAGCCAAGUCGUCUCUGCAGCAGAGUGAUUAUGAAUACAAACUGGACCGGGAAUUCCUGAAGGGAUGCAAAAUCUCUGUCACUGAUGAUAAAAACACAGUGUUGGCCUUAAAUAAUGCCAUUUUAGCCAGUGAUAUAAAAUACAAAGAGAAGCACAACAAAGCCCGGGGAACCUACCAUGUGGUCCCAGACACACCUCAGAUCCUCCUGGCCAAGAAUGUCAGCUCUCUUGUCUCCGAGAACAAGUACAAAGAGCACAGCAAGAAGCAGCUUCCCCACGGCUCUUUCACGACCCUGCCCGAGACGCGAGACACGGCGCACGUGAAGGAGGUGACCAAGAACGUCAGUGAGACAAACUACAAGAAGAAGUUUGUGAAGGAGAAAGGCAAAUCUAAUUAUUCUGUCAUGCUGGAGCCUCCUGAAGUGAAACAUGCCAUGGAAGUUGCCAAAAACCAGAGUACAAUUGAAUACAAGAAGGAUGCCAAGUCAAAGCUCCACUACACACCAAUAGCAGAUCGACCAGAUAUUAAGAAAGCAACUCAGGCUGCCAAGUUAAUCAGUAAUAUUGAGUACAAAAAGCGUGGAGCAGCUGGUGUGGGGGUGACCAUGCUGGGACGGCCAGACAUUGAACUGGCCAAGGAGGUGUCCAAACUCACCAGCCAGGCUGAGUAUCUCAAACAACACAUGAGGGGCCACGGAGCUGCAUCCUAUGACACCCCCUGGAUGAGAACCUUUAAGAAAGCCAAUAUGCUCAGUAGCCAUGUGAAAUACAAGGAGAACUUUUCCAAAGAGUUGGGUAAGAAGCCAAAGUAUGACCUAAAGGAGGCCAAAAUCUACAAGACCAUGAAGGACGCCCACAACAUGGCCAGUGAGGUGAAGUACAAAGCUGACCUGAAGAAGCUCCACAAGCCCGUCACGGACAUGUCGCAGUCGCUGAUCAUGAACCACGUGCUGAGCACGAGCCAGCUCGCCAGUGCUUACCAGUACAAGAAGCAAUAUGAGAAGAGUAAGGGUCACUACCAUGUGGUGCCAGAUAAUCUUGAGCAGGUUCAUCUCAGGGAGGCAUCAGAACUCCAGAGCCACGUGAAAUACAGGGAAAAGUAUGAGAAGGAAAAAGGAAAACCCAUGUUGGACUUUGAGACUCCAACAUACCUCACAGCAAAGGAGUCCCAGCUCAUGCAGAGCGAGAAAGAAUACAAGAAGGACUUUGAGGAGUCCAUGAAGGGCAGGAACCUGACUGGCCUGGAGGUCACACCAUCCCUGUUACAUGUCAAAUAUGCAACCAAAAUAGCCAGUGAGAAAGAGUACAAGAAGGAUCUGGAAGAAGGUGUCAAGGGGAAAGGACUGACAGCCCUGGAGGAGACUCCAGAGAUGUUGAGAGCCAAGAAUGCAACUCAAAUCCUCAAUGAGAAAGAGUACAAAAAAGCCUUGGAGUUAGAAAUCCGAGGAAAAGGCCUGACAGAGCUGGCUCUGGAGACCCCGGAUUUCGUGCGGGCCAAGAACGCCAUGGACAUCGCCAGCCAGAUCAAAUACAAACAAUUGGCAGAAAUGGAGAAAACCAACUACACCAGUGUUGUUGAUACUCCAGAGAUUAUUCAUGCCCACCAGGUCAAGAACCUUUCCAGCCAGAAAAAAUACAAGGAAGAGGCAGAGAAGAGCAUGUCACACUAUGUGCCUGUGGCAGACACCCCAGAAAUGCAGCGAGUCCGGGAGAACCAAAAGAACUUCAGCAUACUCCAGUACCAGUCAGACCUUCAGAACAGCAAAGGAAAAGUCACAGUUGUCCAAGACACCCCGGAGAUGCUGCGGGUGAAAGAGAACCAGAAGAACUUCAGCUCGAUUUUGUAUAAAGAAGAUAUUGGAACUGGAACCACUAUUGAAAAGACACCAGAGAUGCAGAGAGUUAAACAAACCCAGGAUAAUAUCAGCUCGAUCAAGUACAAGGAGAGCAUUGGGAAGGGAACCCCCAUUCCGGACCUGCCGGAGGUGAAGCGCGUCAAGGAGACCCAGAAGCACAUCAGCUCGGUGUUGUACAAGGAGGAGCUGGGCACGGGCACCCCCACGCCCGUGACCCCCGAGAUAGAGCGAGUCAAACGCACACAGGAGCACAUUAGCUCGGUGUUGUACAAGGAGGGUUUAGGGACGGGCACCGCGACCCCGGUGACGCCGGAGAUGGAGCGAGUGCGGCGUAACCAGGAGAACAUCAGCUCGGUGUUGUACAAGGAGGGGCUGGGGGUUGGCACCCCCGUUCCUGUCACCCCUGAGAUGGAGAGGGUCAAACGCAACCAGGAGAACUUUAGCUCGGUGUUGUACAAGGAGGAGCUGGGCACAGGAACCCCCACCCCUGUGACCCCCGAGAUCCAGAGGGUCAAACGCAACCAGGAAAACUUGAGCUCGGUGUUGUACAAGGAGGAGCUGGGCACAGGAACCCCCACCCCUGUGACCCCCGAGAUCCAGAGGGUCAAACGCAACCAGGAAAACUUGAGCUCGGUUUUGUACCGGGAGGAGCUGGGAACAGGAACCCCCAUCCCGGUGCCUCCCGAGGUGGAGCGAGUCAAACGCACCCAGGAGCUCAUCAGCUCGGUGUUGUACAAAGAGAAUGUGGGGACGGGGACCCCCACCCCUGUCACCCCUGAGAUGGAGAGGGUCAAACGCAACCAGGAGAUCUGUAGCUCGGUGUUGUACAAGGAAAACAUAGGGAAAGCCACCCCCACCCCCGUCACCCCCGAGAUGGAGAGAGUCAAACGCAAUCAAGAGAUCAUUAGCUCGGUCCUGUACAAAGAAAACAUGGGCAAAGUGACUCCGACCCCCGUCACCCCCGAGAUGCAGCGAGUCAAACGCAACCAGGAGAUCAUCAGCUCGGUGUUGUACAAAGAGAACGUGGGGCAGGCGACCCCCACCCCGGUCACCCCUGAGAUGGAGAGAGUCAAACGCAAUCAAGAACAGAUUAGCUCGGUUGCCUACAGGGAAGGCUUAGGGAAGGCCACCCCCAGCCCGGUCACUCCGGAGAUGGAGCGAGUCAAGCGCAACCAGGAACAGAUCAGCUCGGUUUUGUACAAGGAGCACAUGGCAAAGGGAACCCCAACCCCUCUGACUCCGGAGAUGGAAAGAGCCAAACGGAACCAGGAGAACAUCAGCUCGGUUCUUUACUCCGACAGUUUCCGGAAGCAGGUCCAAGGAAAAGCCGCCUACGUCCUGGACACGCCGGAGAUGCGGAGAGUGAGGGAGACCCAGAAACACAUCUCCACAGUGAAGUACCACGAGGACUUUGAGAAGAGCAAAGGGAGCUUCACCCCCGUGGUCACCGACCCCAUCACGGAGAGGGUGAAGAAGAACAUGCAGGACUUCAGUGACAUCAGUUACAGGGGCAUCCAGAGGAGGGUGGUGGAGAUGGAGCGCAAACGUGUGGACCAGGACCAGGAGAACCUCACAGGUCUCCGUGUCUGGCGCACCAACCCCGGAUCUGUCUUCGACUACGACCCGGCCGAGGACAACAUCCAGUCCCGGAGCCUGCACAUGAUCUCAGUCCAGGCCCAGCGGCGCAGCCGGGAGCAUUCCCGCUCCGCCAGCGCCCUGAGCAUCAGCGGCGCCGGAGACGAGAAAUCCGAGCCCUCGGAGGGCACCGACCAGCGCCUGUCCUACUACAGCAACGGGGGCUUCUUCACCACCACCACCACAGUGGGCUACAAACAGGUGAAAACCAUCGAGCUGCCACAACAACGCUCGUCCUCGGUGGCCACCCAGCAAACCACGGUGUCCUCAGUCCCCUCCCACCCCUCCACUGCUGGGAAGACGUACCGGGCCAUGUACGAUUACACGGCGGCCGACGCCGACGAGGUUUCCUUCAAGGACGGCGACACCAUCGUGAACGUCCAGGCCAUCGACGAGGGCUGGAUGUAUGGAACAGUCCAGAGGACCGGCAAGACCGGGAUGCUCCCGGCAAACUACGUGGAGGCCGUGUAAGCAACCCCUGCCAGUGCCCAGAGGGGCAGAAAAGGGGGGUGACACCUCCCAAAGCGCCUCGUUGGCCGUGGCGACGGCGCCUUGUGAGUAAAAGUAACUGCAGAGCAAAAUAUUCUUGAAACGUUAUUUCAGAACAUCUUUGAAAAGUCACCUGUAAAAGACUACUUUGCAUUUCUUCCAAUGCCAAAAAAAAAAAAAAAAAACAACCCACCUUUUUUUAAAUGUUGCCUGGAAUUUCCAACAUUUCAUCACACACCAUACUGUGACACUACAACUACAGUUCAGUAUCUUCAAAAUUUGAUACCAGUAUUAAGACUAAGACUACCAAGCAUUACUUUAUUCAUUCUGUAAAAACUAGAGAAUUGUUUCUGGGCUAUGUGUUUAAAUCUGUUCACUUCCUUUCACAAAUAAGCAACAUCUAAGCUUAGUAUUUCAAACCAAUUUAUUUGGGGAGAGGAAAAAGAAACCCUCUCCUGCUUGCUGAGGUCUCACGAACGUGUUCUUCGUGCAACUGUUCUGGGGUCAAAAGCUGUUAUUUCUUGUAAAUUAGUGACUGAAUAAAGCUGAUGUUUCUGCAGUAGGA